UUUUAAUUUGACAAAACUACGACUACAUCUCUCUGUUACUUGUCAUUAUUUUUACAUAACAUGGUCGUCAUAAAUUGCAACAAUAACAACGAACUGAUUAAUUUAUUAUCAAUGAUAAACUUAUAAUCGAAAUGCACUCGGCUGGGCUUCCGCGUUCAUGUCUAGGAUUUACGAAUAUGCUUACAUUUAUAUUUGGUGUGAUAUGUUUAGCAAUAUGUGUCUGGUGUGCUAUCAACACGGAGUUCUUCAGGGAAGUGAACUACACAAUCACAAAAAGUCCCUGGGUGAAGACGAUCGCGAACUUCGUCAAUCUUAAGCUAUGGUUCACACCAAUGACUUCAGUCCUUAUACCAGUUGCGUGUCUUAUUAUUUUUACUUCAUGCUGCGGGAUUCUCGGAGCUGGCUGCAAAACUAAAUGCGCUCUGAAAUCUUACAUAUUUCUCGUAACUGCGAUCACUUUAGCUUCGUUCUGGAUAUUAUUUGUCUCGUUUAUCUACAAUAUAUACACUAAUAAACAAACUACUCGAAAUUAUAUGACAACCACUUUAAGACAUUAUGGAAAGGAAAACGACCUGAUAACAAACUUUUGGGAUUACGUUAUGGUUAACUACGAGUGUUGUGGCGUUAAUGAUUCCAGGGACUUUAUCGACACAGAUUGGCACAAGAAAAAUUUGGAUAAACUGUAUCCGGUGCAGUGUUGUAAGUUCGCAAAUAAAACAGCUCUAAUGCCUCGCUCGAAGUAUUGUACAAUUAGUCGUGAAGAUGUUGCAGAGAGUUUUGCAGAUAGAGGCUGUUUCGUUGCUUUGAGAGAGUCGAUCAAGGGAAAUAAAAGGAUAUUAACGUUUUAUGCGGUUUUAAUAUUGUUGAUAUAUUUGAUGAUUACGUCGUUCGCGUUUUGUAUCAUCCGAGGGGAACCAUUAAUUGGCCCCAUUGACCCUGAAGAUGUGAUGUUUGUGCCUAUACGACGCGAUGUUGAAAAAGCGGUUCAAUCUCAGUCGUCACUGGACAAUAUGAUGUUUGUCGACGAGCCUCCAAAAAAAGUCGUUCAAGUCGUGUCCGUUUUAAAUCCAAACCAGAGAUAUACAAUUGCACCAAACUCAUUACCGAAUUCCAUUCAUUAAAUUGAUAAAUAUCGUAUAUUUCCCUCCCUAUAUUCAUUGUCUUAUUUUAUAGGUAUACAUAUUAUAUUGAUUUUCUUAUUUCAGUUUGUCAGCCAUAUCUACUGAAGUUUUUACAGUUAAUAAACUCUUUGUACAUGCUUUGUUAUUUUUUUUUUUAUUAUUAAAGCUUCUAUUAGCUUGACGUGAAGGCUAUGAUAUGAAUCUAUCAAUGUAGAAUCUUUCAACAUAAUUUUCACCAAUAUACAGACGUAUUAUUACAUCGUUAAGAACUACUUUUUUAUUAAAACUGUGCAAACGUCUUAAAUUUGAAAAAUCGGUCCAGCUGUUAGGCGGAGUUCACAUACACAUUAGCAGGAGAAUCAUAUUAUAUGGACGGAAUUGAGAAUCUAAUUUCUACACCAAUCUCAAAUUCACUGGAACACACAAAAAAUCAUCAAAAUCGGUCCAGCCGUAUAGGAGGUAGUUCAAUAGUGAUUCUAAAGUCUAAACCAUUCUCGAAUCCACCUGAAGACACACAGAAAGUUUCAUUAAAAUCGGUCCAGCCGUUUAGGAGGAGUUCAGACACCUUUUUUAAACUUCUCAUGUUAUCUCUUCUUGUGUUCUCUGUUCAUUUGAUGC